AAGCGUAUGACUUGUCUUCUGCCGACUAUCGAGCGAAUGGAUCUAUUGGUGAAAGUGUUUCAUCGCAUCGAAAGGUUUCCCACCGUUAGUAUCAAUCCUCUGGAGAAUCAAAAGAUGCGUCUAUUGUUCGAAUGUUACGGACAACUGAUCCACAAAGUGAUCGCCGGAUGGGAUGACUCGGAAGUGAAAUAUGUGUUUAAGACAAUGCAAACGAUCGCUCAUAUGGAGCAACGGAUCCAAACCAUAGCGAAGAGUCCAUUGGGCGCCCGACAGCCCAUCGAGUAUUUCGUGCGCUGUUUCUACCGCUAUGUAUGCGUCGAUCCCUCGCAGAAGAACAACAAGAAUAAUACCAUAAAUGAGUCGCUGUUUUGGUUGAAUCGGAUCCUAAAACCGCAUUCACUGGCCGUCAGAGCGAAACUACUGCUCAUUAUGUUUGGGCCACUGAUUAGUGUGAGUCCGGUUCACACAACCGUCCCAUACAUCGGUUGGUGGGAUCUGACGGACACCUUCUUCAUCAACGCUGGAUUAGAAGAGUUGGGAUUCGCGUUAUAUAUGCUCUUCAGACAGACCAAGACUGCCGAAGACAAGAACAGUAUAUCACUUGAAACCACGCUUUCAUUCAUUCACUUAAUCACUACUUUUGCCAUUAUUUUAGACGUAAUUCUAUUGAUGGAAGAAAUGAUCAAAAUUCCUCAGAAUUGGUUGAAUGAAAACAUAGCAUCACUUCUAUUCUUCGCCGGCGAUGACAUCACUCAUCAGUACUUCACUUCAAAGAUGUCAAGCGAAAACUAUGCAGAAGUGGCCCAAAAGUUGGUGUAUUUGACACUAAUUGAGCACAAAUUGACGCGAAGUACAAAACUUGUAUAUAAACUGAUUGAGAAGUUGUGUUCGUCUGAACACAAACACAAACUGAUGAAUGAAUUGCCGAUCGCUUUCUGCGAAGCGGUCAGACUCUAG